AUGGCAUACAGUGCAAGGACGAGAAAUGCGAUCAUAAGCGAUGCAUUUGCAGCGGCUCUGAUUGAUGAACUCGAGUACGAAACAGUAUUUAAACUGCUUGAGUACGCUAAGAAUGAAAAGGAAUAUUUGCCAUGGACAGAGACAAUAUCUGGUUUUUAUGCCAUCUUAGACUUCUUCGGGAAUGAGCCGGAGUCGACAUCGGCUAAAGCUUUCAUGAUGAAUAUAUUGAAGCCGAUGUAUGAGAAAACCAGUAUGAAAUUUGUCGGCGACAACUACAAAAACGACUCGCAAUUCUUUGAAGUGUGCGUUUGA